UUGAAAAAAGCUCGUUUCAUGGCAUUUCUUGAUGGUACAUGUCCGCCGAUCACGCGUGUAAUUUUGUCGUUCGAUUUCGAUUUUCAAAAUUAUUGUUUCAACUUCAAUAAAAUUCCUACGAAAUUUCUACACUAGCAUGAUUUGUACUUGGAGUACUGAUAGUCUAGUUUCUAUUGUUUUUGGAUCAACUACUCAACUGGAAAGAGAGAAUCAGAGAAUGAGGUGUUCUCACUUCUUGUUUAAUCAAUAUCCAUAGUGCCAUCGUUUUUCUCAAUCUUCUCAGCCUGAGCCAGAAUAGCAAAAAAACAUUUGCUACUGAUGAUUCGCAUAAUUCCGUUGUGUGUAUUUUUGGAAGAUGUCGUGUCCCUCGUGUCGAAGGCAAAGAAGUGUAUUUUUUUAUCAUCUAUGGAAUCAGACCUCCAUCUGCUACAAUUUCUGUCAAAAAACAGAACGUUAACCGGACUGAGAACAUGACUUCAAACAGAUUGGCCGAAAUCCGAAAAAAUAUUCCUGUGCUGUCUAUUUUUUCUAUGGAUUAUCAAUCGGUGUUUAUUGAAUAGCUGCAAAUUUCGUGCGAUUUCCCUAUUUUGACCGCAUUUUACUUCAUUGCGAAGGCUUUCAGCUGCAUCUAUGGGAUUUUGUUUUCAACUGAUGUUUGUUUUGGCUUUGAAUGUCCCAUAAACCACUGGAGUCACGGCGAAUACCGAUAUAUUUUAGCACCGAUUUGAGUCAAUUGUCACAAAGAUAUUUUCGUUGAGAUAUUGACAAAUUGAAUUUUACUUCAUCGAUGGGAUGCCUUUGAACGUGAACAGUACCUUCGUCCGAAAAUGAGGAAGAAAAAAUAGGAAAAAAGAGUGAAUUCCCUAAUUUGUUUCCGUCGAUUAUACAUUAUAAGCUACGUUUGUAAUUCAGCUACGAUGAAAACCCCCUUACGAUCUUCAUGUAGUCAUAAUGAGCAUAAUGCUUGGUUUUUGUGACGAUCCUUGUUAAUUCAAGUUGCGCACGCUGGCGGUUGGAUCAUCUCUAAAAUAAAAAUAAUCUGUUUGUUCACUUUCCGAUGAAUUAACAAAUGUUUCAUCCUCUGAUCAUAAUGAAUCUAACUUCGAGAAGAUGAAUAACGAUCAACGUUCUAUCGCUUUCGGCUGAAAUUUUAAAAUUUUAUCGCUGGCGAGCCCUGGGGUCUUCAAGCCCUUUGAGUUUGAGGCUUUGAAACUCAUGAGUUCGAUUUUGAUUCGAAAACAUAACUAUUUUGAUUUGUGCUGAAAUUUUUCAUUUAAAACAACAGGAACAGGAUUGAAUGGUGAACGCUGAACGUGCCUGUACUUAUCGGUUUUCUCUCUCACUCUCUUGUAAAUGAAAAUCGCAUCAAAAAAUGACGCGGAAAAACUUCAAAACAAAGCUCAACAAGUUCAAAAAUUUCGAAGAAAAAAAAUGCUGCAAAGGCGAACGCGUAGGCGUAACUAACGAGUAACGAUUGCAAGGGUUCGGUUUCAGUUUCAAAGGUAAUCAAGAUAGGCAAAGGCGGCAAGACCUUUGAAAGGCCUUUGAAACAUUGCGAAAUCACAGCGGCACUACAAUGUAGAGCAAAGUGCAACGACCUACCGGAAAUGAAAGCUGAAUGGUGAACGCGAAUGAGUCAUCAUCAAAGGAAGUAGAAAAUGAAAGAAUUAAAAUAAUAAAUUUGAUUAAAUAUUCGUACAUGGAAACAAAAUUAAACGCGAAUUCGCUAAAAUAACGCAUUUUUAAAAUCCGAAUAAUCGAUCGCGUCUGCGAAUCAAUUAAUUCCUGAAAUAAAAAAAUUAAAUCUGGCGUCGGCUCAAGUUGAACUUUGAAGAGCUUUUUUGUGCUUUUGAGGCGGCGUGUUUCAACUUUCAAUGAAUGAAGAAGAUAGCGUAACUGUUUACAAGCGGUGACGUCUAUCUGUCUAUUCUUUCCACUUUCAUCUCGCUUAUAUAAACUAAACAUCGUUAAUCGAAAGGAAUUGGAAUAACCGAUCGGUAUGGCGUCAGGAUAAUUCCACCGGAUUGUUUGUGCGGCGAAAGUGUAAAUUUCGUAAUAAUGCUGAAAUUUGGUGUUCGUUGCGCUCGGUAUUAAAUCUAGAUGAAGAUUUUCGCUUGAAUUGCAACUUUUUGACAAAAUAUAUUCGCUAUAUUCAUGCCGCUUAUUUAUUGUUGAAGAUUUGGUACAAAAAUGACGAACGGGCGAGAAUAAAAUCAUAAUGAAAUGGUUGCAGUAAGGGAAUGCAGCGAGAGUAUUGUAGUAGUAAUCACCAUGUAAAUUCCGUAUCAGAUCUGUACAUAAGCGACGAAAUCUCAGUACUUUUGGAGGAGAUACAAAGUUUAGAACCGUCCUCUUACCGUCCAGAAGACAUUCAAGACUUCGAAAUUGCGGGCAGUCAGACUGGUGGUACGGGGGGUGGGGGGAGAGCCGCCAGCAGCAUCGCUGAAUUAGAAACCCCCGGCGAUGCGACCACUGUCCAUUCUUGGGACUCGCACGCUAACUACAAGCAUCAUAUACAUGGCUCUUCCCCUACUCAAUCCGUGUUUUCGGGUGUUAUAGUUUAUUGCGACGAUUCGUACAUUAAAUCUACAUCCGGCGUUAUAAGAUUAUUACUAGUGAUUACUUCGUUGAUAUGUUUAUUAUGUUUGUGCACUUCGGGUUCCGUCAGACUGAGUUUGUUUCUGUUGCCGUUUCUGGGCCGGAUACGGUUUAUGAUGUUUGUCUCCAUAUUUAGUUUCAUGGUUACUUGCGUUCUACUAUUUUUGGACGUAACUCACAUCAUAUACUUGUUCCCAUUGAAUUGGGGUAAAAUUUAUUCCUUUCAGAAUGCCGUGCUGUACGUUAGCAUUAGCGUUUUGUAUUUAAUGAGCUCUUCACUGGUUGUACAUCAAGUAUACGCUUACGAAGAGUCAUACUCGUGGGUACCGAAAGCCACGAGAACUCAGUUAUUUGUUACAGGAGUGAUAGGUUACUUGUGCGCUUUGGAAGCUUUGUUGUUGGCAUUAUUAACGAGAUGCGACGAAGGUCAAUACAGACCGGUCAACGAUGAUCCGAGCUCGAUCACUUUACAAGAGCGUAAAGUCAUUAGAUACUCUCCAUCGCCCUGUCCAUCGCUACAACCUGCUGUCGUGACGCCUCACUGGGUCUCUCAAGAUAAUAACUUCCCAUCUUCAUCUUCCAAAACACGUGAUCCGGUUUUGGCAUGAUAAUAUGCGUACUCUUAAAAUUCGGCAUACAGGGUGUGUCUUGUACUUAAAAAAAUGAUUGCAGCAAGUUUCUCUGUAUACUUUCCCCCCAUUCGUUCUAGUCUUUAAAUAGGUUGUACAUUAAUAUGGAAAGCUUUAAUGGAUUAUUUAUGUUCAAAAUAGAGUGAUUUUUCUUAUAAUAUUAUUAAGUUGUUAAUUAUGAUAUAAAAUUACCAAGUUGCCGUCAUUCAUGUGGGAUGUGGGUGAUUUCAUGUCAAUUAUAAAAUUUUGUAGGGACCAAGUAAAAAGUCUCUGUAUAGAUGAACCGAGUGUAUUUGUUGUGAGCUUAUUGCGCUAUAUGCAAUCAAAUUACCUCAGUUUCACGCUUAGAAACUAUCUGUCCGUCCGUUGACGUCCAAAAUUCUACCUGGGUUACCGAUAGCUCAUAUUUGACAUGAAAUGAUCCACCGUUUUAUGAUUAUUCUAUUAUAUUUAUACAUGUAUUUUCUUUGUAUGUGUCGCGUAAUAUUCGUAUAUACAGGGUGAUUCGAUAAGAACUGGUAUCUACGAACAGUUGAGUAGGACUAUUCGUAGGCUGGACAUGGUCAAAUAAGUAGAAUCACUCAUUAGCUAAAUGGUUUAGUUUGCAUUUGAAUUUUGCCAAUGGGUUAGAACAUUUCAGUUUUUUAUUCACCUGUAAAAAAUGAAGAAAAAUUUUCGUAACAUUUUAUACUCAUUGCUUGAAAUGAUGAUUUUUUUGGUUUUGUCUCACUCAUCGUAUGACACGAUUUAUUUUCACUGAACCCUUUUCUGGAUGGUAAUUUCUUGUCUUGCUGUUUUCAUUCUCUUCAUUUUCGGUAUUUUACGAACAUGUACAUAUAUAUUCUAUAUGACGUGUGAUAAUAUUACGGAAUGUAUUUUUUUGUGUUCAAGUAUGUUCGGUGUGUUUAUGUUAAAAAAAUUUCAUUUCUGUGUACUUUUAGGUAUACUUUUUAUCUUAGCUUUAUUUUAUUUAAAUUUAACGAACUGAUGUAUUUAUUAAGGAUCCAUAGUACAUAUUUGUUUUUCUUUUCUCGAUGUUCUGCUAAUCCAUAGAUACGAUUUAAUUAACGGACCUUUUUAAAAUGAUCUCACACAGAAGCUUUAAAUCUAUCACACAUUUCCGGAUAAGUCAUAGCCAAGAUUCUAGUCGAUAUAAUUCUAAGUUAUUUUUAGCUGUUUUGAAUGAAUCGCUUGCGCGCUUUUUUUUUCUCAUUUUGUUCAGUGGCACGAUUCUGACGAUUGGCAUUUCUGGUAGUACAAUUUCGGGGUUGUAAUUUGCAAGUUGAAGGUAUUGAAGCGAUCAGUGUCACUUAAUGUGUUGUCGCUUUAACCGUAGAUACCCAGGCUGGUUGUGAUGUUUGUGAUGUAGCUAUAUCAAAUGUUCCUUAAUGCCAUAUAUGUUGUAUACCCUCUUUCUCUCAUUCUGUCUAUUUUCCCUCUAUACGUAUAUCAACGUGUGAAUCACAUCUAGUCUUAUACUUUGUAUAUUUGUGAAUUAAAAAUAAAUGCCAUUUGUAUGUUUGGAAA